GAGCUCAGUCAGUGCUGCUCCUCUCCAGCAAACUGAGGACGGAGCUGCCGCCGGCUGGUGUUCAUUGUGCUGCUGCAGUGCACAAUAGAAAACAGCCGGAUGAGUGAAAAAUAGUUUCUCGCUUGUGGGGCGAUGUUUCACAAGACUGCUGGAUCAUAAAGACGGGGAGAUGCUGCAGAGGUAGAACACCUUCAACUUUGACUUUUACCUUUUUUCUACAGCUGAACAAUAAGAGGUAAGUUUUAUAUGAUUGUAGUAAUUUCUUUUCAACCCCGUUGAUUAUAAGCAGUUUUUUGUUGAAACUUUUAAGUUUUACAGCUUACAUAAGGGGUUGGUGUGUAAUUUGCUAUAAGGUUUUAUAUCACAAUUAGUUUAGUGCAAUUAUUGAUCAUGUAUGUGAAUUUUUCUCUAAAGAAUAAGUUUGAUAGACAUCAAAUGUGUGGAGUGCACUGAAACUCCAACACCCACUGACAAGAGUCCUCAUUAAAGUCCAUGUAUUUUGAAUUUUGUGGUAUUUAAGAAUGUGGUAUUUCAUUUUAUCUUGUUGUGCUUCAGACAAGAGAGUCAGGCGGUGUCGAGUGAGUGAAGGGGAUAUCUUAAACAAGGAAAUAAUUAUGCUAGAACAUAGAAAUUCUUAGGUCAGAACUGUUGGAUCACUGGUUAUAAUAGAAACAGAAGUUUGGUUUGCUGCUAACUUUUGAAAUUUCUUCGUGUCUCAGGAGUUCUGUCCUCUUUGUUAAAUGAACAAUGACAAAGAUGAGGACCCAGGCCUCCUAUAGGACAGGUCUGCUGGUGUGUUUAGUCCUCUUGAUGGUGGGAGGACUUCAGGGUGAGUGUGCUAUGGCUGGUAGAGAUUUAGAAAUUUAAACAGUGAAUUCAAAACUUUUAAGUAUUUUUGGUGGUUGUUGCAGGCAGGGUAACAGCACCAGAGCGGCUUGAAGCUCCUGUGGAGAAGCCCUUCACCCUGACUUGCUCAGUUUCAAGGGAUCGCGGUGAGUCUUUGAAGCUGGUGCAUUGGCUAGAUGUCCAAAACCAGACUCUAUUGAGCUACCAGCCUGGCGUCAAAGACAGUGUGAGUGGACAGCAGCACGUGGAGCUCGCCACCUCUCCAAAAGACACCUCAGCUAUCACCAUCCGCAGAGUUGGCUUCCGCGACGAGGGCUGUUACACCUGCAUCUUUGAUCUGCAUCCCUCUGGUCCAAAGCAGGGACAGACCUGCCUGACUGUGACCGGUGAGUGAACAUAGCAGUCAUGGUAGUAUCUGCUAACAUAAGAACAGAAAUCUGCAACAUUUUAAGAGUCCGUACAUGUUGCAGUAGGGUUUUCACAUUUUUUUUCUUCUGCUUACUCUUAAAAAGGAAAUUAUUGACAAUAGAUGAAUCAAAAAUUGGCAGUGAUAAUGAUUAUGAUAUCAAUUUACUCAUAAAGCACCUUUAAAAACAUGUUUACAAAGUGCUUUGAAAUACCAAGCAAAAGUAAAUAAAACAAAGCAAGAACAGAGAGAAAUAAAUUACACAGAAUAACACAAGAUCAAUACCAAUAUUUAUAACCAGAUAUAACUGCAACACCACAAGGACCCCACAGCUGAAAAACUCCAACAUGAAAACCAGAGGAACAUAUUGACCCAAUAACAUAAGAACUCAUCAGAACCCAAGCAACACAAGAACCAAGCAACAGAAACUGAAACCAAAAAGACCAUACAUGUAAAAUUAUAAAAAAGCAGGGAGCUGGAAGCUGUCAGAUGAGAUAAAAAUGACAAAAACAAUACAACAUCAAAAAAGGCAAUAAAGGUGGGUUUAAAUUCAGAAUCGUAGCUUGGAGCCAGACCCAUAUGAGCUUUAAAGGUGACCAGUAAAGUUUAAAAAAAAAUUAAAACUGAUGGGAAGCCAGAGUAGGGAAGCUAAAAUGGGAAUAAUGUGAUGUUGUCUAUUGAAACCAAUGAGAAGCCUAACUGCUGCAUCCUGCUCUAACUGGAGGUGUGAGAGUGUUCUCUGAUUCAUUUUGGUAAGGGGCAAUUUGCAGUAGUCAAGUCCAGGGAAGAUCAGGGCAUGGAUUAUUUUUUCAGGAUCUGAGUGAGAGAGAAUCAGCUUAAUCUUGAAGAUGGUGCAUAAUAUGAUGAAACAGGGCUAUACAAUUUAUCUCUGGUCAAGUCCAAGGACAGGUUUCAAUCAACUAUAUGACUCUGAAGUUUCUUACUAAAGAUUUGAUGAUCACCAGGGCCACUCUUAAAGACAGGAUUGGAGUUUGGAAAGUUAAACAAUAUUAUUUCUGACUUUGAGUUGUUGAGCUGAAGGAAAUUUUGUUCUAGAGACAUUCACUAACAGCAGUUAAGCUUCUAGGGCCCUCAGUUCUCAGAGGAAGGUAUAUCUGUGUGUCAUCUACAUAGCGAUGAAAGGAGACUUUGUGGCACCGUAUAAUUUGGACAAGUAGCAGCAUAAAAAAGGAAAAUAAAAAAGGACCUAAUACAGAACCUUGCAGAACACCACAGGGAAUGUUUGGUGUUGAGAAGGAGUGGUUACCUAUGCUGACUGCAAAUAUUUGAUCUUUAAGGUAUAAGACUGUAGAAGUACAUCAUGGGCUUAAUAAUAAUAAUGCCUUUUUUAUGUGCACAAAUGAAUUUAAAACCUGGAACUAAGCCUGUGACAUUCAGGGAUAAAGGAAAAACACGAACUCUUUGACAUAUUUUGCACCCUGACAGUAGAGAUCCAGAUGAAGUUUUUAAAUCUACUAUGCGGGCCAGGAGUUAACUCAACUAUUUUGACACAGUUAGGAAGGUCAUGAACCAGGUGGGAGAGGCUUCCUCUUGAGCGCAGGUUGAGUAAUGGCUGUUGUUGCAGGAAGACGCCCAAUUCUCCUUAGAGCCAAACUGAGAAGCUCAGAUAUCUCAAAUCUGUUCAGUAACGCCAGAUUCAAAUAAGAGAGCCUUAAAAAUUGGCUCCAAUGUUGCUGUACUUUUAAUAUCAGUGUUGAAAUUUCAAGUGUUGCUGGCUCAUGAGUAAACACAGUUAUCGACAGCACUCAACCUGUGAGAUAUAGUCUGUGUCAGAAAUUCCUGCCAUAUGUUAAAGGCAGUUUUCUACUCAGCUUCUCAUAAUUGUGGUAAAAGCUAUUUGACUUGGAUGCAACAUAACUGAUUUAGCAUGCUUGCACUGUGCACCCGCCCAUUACUAUCAAACCAAACCAAUGUUCCAGCACUCUAAGACAUCAGCUACUCCUUUCAUGACCUUAUUACAAAACGGCUUUGGGGACUUGCUAAGAAAAUAUGUGAAUAUAGAUGUUCCAACCCCUUCUGACCUCUAAACACAAGCUGAUAAGCCAGUUGAGGCUCCACCAGUCAGGUUAAUAAAGCUGUGCAAUGCAGAAGAAGGAGGGUUCAUUUUUAUAACUAGAAACAGCUGCUGCAGAUUCCACUGAUGGGUUUCUGUUUUGGUGCCUCAUAUUUCUGGAUAUUAGCAGUGCCCUGCUUUUUAACCUCUCCCUCUUUUUUUCUCCUUUUCUUUUCUUUCCCUCCUCCAUCACUCUUCGGCCUCAGCACAAGUCACCGUAGACAGCAACAAGACAGCAGUGAGCGGCAAGAAGGCCUCCCUCUCUUGCUCCUACGGUUUGCCUGAGAAGGUGCAACAGGUCACAUGGAGACACAUGCCUCCACAAGGAGACUCUGCAGAGGUUGCCUCAUAUGCAAAGCGCAGUGACCCCAUGAUAGAGCCGCCGUACCAAGGGAGAGUCUGGCUGAGUGCGUCCCUGUCUGACAGUCAGCUUAUCAUCCAGCCUGUUGCCAUCCAGGAUGAGGGCUGCUACACCUGCAUGUACGCCACUUAUCCUGAGGGGCUGAAGAGCUCCACUGUUUGCCUCGCAACAUACGGUAAACAACUGUUCCAAAGCUGACUGCUGUUGCUGGUUGUUAGGCUUUAUAUUGCUCAUAUUAUUUUAAAAAAUGAGCCAAGUAAACUUUUUGGGGUGAUGGAUUUUGGGCCAUUCUCUUCUUUAUUCAUGUCUCUGAGGAGAGACAUGAAAUGUUGGAGGAGGAUAGUUGGGUGGGGUACGCAAAAGGGCUGAUUGCUGCAGUCAAACUGGAGCUGUUGCAUAGAAAACUGCACCCACUGAAUAUGGGUCACACUUAAAACCACAGGGUUAAACUGGCACCCUGACCGAGUUAGUGAGUGAAACUUGAGCUAAAACUUAUCUUUGCCUUAGCCAAAGAAAGCCAAAAUUCUGCUAUGAAGGGUGCUAACAUAUUGGGCUGGUUGAGCCAGGACUUGAACGGUGCGGAUUUGGCUGGAAUAGCCACAUACCCAACGUCACACACUUUUAAAUACACUUACCACUCAGAUAAAAAAGCAAAGAUCCUUGUUGGUUGGUUGGUGCAGCCCACAGCAGAACAGAUUCUUGUGUUGAUUUAAAGCAGACACUCAUUGCUACAGAAAGUUCACUGACUCUUGCGUCUGUGUUUUUGUUUAGUUUUCUCCUACAUUCCUCUUUACUUUGCUUAUUUGGUGAAGAAUGUCACGGCAGCUCAAAUUAGUCAAGAAUGCAACAGACUUGUCAAUCAAGGUGUCACAUGAUUCCUUUUAACAUAAAGUAACUAAUCAGAACUACAAAAAAAAUGAAACUAAACCAGCAUCACAAAACUUGCCAUCAUGAAAGAUAGCUUGUUUGAGGAAAGCAAAUCUGAUAUUCAUUCUAAUUUGGCCACUGUCCCAUCUGUUAUGAUGGAGGAGGUGGGUUUUGCAACCCAAACUGAAGCCAGUCACCAAAGCAAGCUCAAAAAGUUUGGCGCUUAAGGAAAGCUUUUGUGCAGUCAGUGGUUUUAUGUUCGGCAUUUUAGCCAUCACCGUAUUAUUUUGGACCCAGAAGGAACCAUAUUUGGCCAGAGCAGGGGGCGUGCAUAGCCGUAUCUCCAUCCUGUUUCAUUGGCUGCUGUGGUAGAGGUUGGUCAGCCCCUGUUAGUCAGCUCUGCUUUAUCUUUUGUUUAAAGUCCAUACUCAACCAAAAUGAGCAAAAUGAACAUCUUGAAGCAUUAGAGAAGUUGAUUAAAUGGAUGUUAGCUGAAGUAACAAAUCUAAUGAGAAGUUCACUCAUUUUCUUUUUUUUGCAUCCACUCAAUCACAUCUCUUCUGCACCAGUGUAAGUGUUUCCACCAGUGUUUCCCCCAACAGGUCAUCAGAAUCAGUGCACUUUAACAAUGUGAACACUUUGAAGCCAAGAGGAAAUCGUUUCUCGACACAGACCAUGAUAAAUAUAGAUAUUUGAUGUCUUUUAGUACUGAAAGGAGAAGUUGUUGCCUCUCUUGUUGAUAUAGUUAAUAUAAAGCCAACACCAGCAGCUUAUCUCAGCUUCAUUUAGCAUAACUGGACUAGAAAUAGGAGAUGACAGCUAUUUUGGCUGGGCAGUUGAUUCAGGCUGUAGAAAGGUAAUAGAAAACAAAAAAUUAAUCUAAAACCUUGAACUAAUUCAAGUUCAGUUUGAAGUUAAUUAACAUAUUAUGCUGUCUGAGUUGAUCAAACCAGGAUCCUGAAGUUCAUGUGGUCUCUGUUUGGCUAGUGUUUUGUUUUGUUCUGUUCUGUUCUGUUUUGUUCUGUUAGUGUGCACAUGAAGACCCAAUUAUGUGUCACUACUCUCUGAAAACAAAAGUGGAAAUAACAAACUGAAAAACUGACUAUUUCAAAAAAGAAACAAUGAUUUGGCUAACACAGGCAACUGAAGUCCUGCUUUCCAACAAAGAAGAACUAGAACUAACUCUCUCAUCAAGAAAUACAUUCUGGGUUGACUGGUGUUAGUCAAAUUUUUUGUGUUAUUCUUGAAUAUGGUAGAAACGUCAAUCUCCUUUGAGAAGUUUUUUGGCACUUAUGACAGAGACUGAAAUCUAUACUGAUUCAUUUUUAUUUAUACAGAGGCACUUUUGCCGUGUUGUAAGUGAAUAAGUCUUACAGGAGAAGUAAGAGCUGGGAAAGUAGGAUCUUGGCUGUAAAAUAAAUGAGUCAGAUUUGUGUUUUAUGGUUCAGAGACAAAACUUUGAUUUUGUAUCUGCUGGAAACUUAGGUACCUCUGGGAAUAAUACAGGAAUGUUGAUCUUUUCUUCCCAUUUGUAGCUGUUGAAUGUUUUCUUGAUACAGAGAGGCUAAGCUGAUGGCUGAUAUUUUAACACACACAAACACAGAGCAGUCUGUCCGUUUGAAGAAUAGACCAUUGGAGGGAAGGAUGGAGGCAGGGAGCGAGGUCCUGACUGUGUCAGUCUUUGCAGCAGACACUGAUUCCCUCUGUGCUUUGUCUUCCUGCUCAUUUGCUUUUCCACUCCUCUCCCAUUCCCUCUCGCUCAUGGUUAUCCCAACAAACAGAUGUGCUUUUGUUUGAAAUCAAACUGUACAGUGCAGUAGGUGUUUCUGCUAGUGGAACUUGAUAAGCGUUCAUGCUCAUGUUUAAUGCUGCUAGCAGCCUCCCACAGGCUUCUCAGUCAGCCUGUUUUGAAGUUUCCUCCUAUCCAACUAGUCCCCAAACAAUGACUGCUAAACACGCAAGGGCAUUUAAUUAAACAACAGGAUUAGCAUGACAUCCUCAAUUGAGUGUUUUGAUUCAGCUGACUGCUCUCAUAGCUCAUGCUUUUGGUUUGACCUUAAAAGUCAGUUGCAGUCAGAAAAAAAGAUGUUGACCAGCUGGUCAACACAGUGAAGUGUUUAGCAGCUAAUGAGAAGCUGGUGAACAGGAAACACAGAACUGAAACCUUUGAAAUAACAUCCCAACUACAUAUUCUACUCAAAAUAAUCAAUAAAAAAAGGAAAUUGUACUUACUGUUAAAUAUUAUGACUAAAAUGUGAACAAGCUGUGAAAGCUUUGUUGAAACUGAGCCCAUAGGGAUGUCUGUGUUUAGCUGAAAGUUAGCACCAGACUCAGACUGUUAAAGAAACUAUUAUUAUUGUUGUUGUUUUUGAUAUUUUUAUUAUUGUUGGCCAACAAUGCCAGCCUUACCUUAGAUCAGAGCCUAUGAUUAAUGGUACUGCUGUAAUGAUAGCUCGACAACCAGUAUUUAAACAAACACAAUAUCUUUUGACAGUAUUUUAAUCUAGAAAAUGGAGUGUGUAGCCUGUGUUUGGUUAAACUGACAUCUAACCACUCAACAAGGGCAAUGCAUAAUCAACACAGGCAAACAAACAUGGGUGAUGCUGGCUCUGCUGGUGUUAGCCACACUCUGCAAACCAAGUUGACUCUUUUAAACCACAGACUCUAUAGUUCUGUGUUAAGCUUUUUUACAAGCACAUUGAAAACUGUCUGCUUCUGGUAUUUGAUUUACCCGGUCAGUCAGGAAUUUCAGUUCAGUGCACCUCCUUUGCACUAGAUUAUUUUUACUGGAUCUUUUGGAUUUAAUGUAAGUAGUUUUUGUUUUUACUGCUGUGGUUGUUCAAGGCUGAAUGUAAUUUUACUUCUUUUCUUACUUUACUUUGAUGACAAGGGCUCAUUUUCAACCUAUCCUGAAAAAUCACGAGUCACUAAAGGAACCCUAUAACAAAAACUUCUGCAGUCACUGUUAAGACAUAUGGUUUAUUGAAUGGACGCAGGCAGUGUGAAAUUACAUUCGUCAAAUGGCAUUUAAAAAAAUGAGAGUUAUAAAAAUAAUAAUAAGAGGGUGUUAAAGGAUUGUGUUAAAGGUGUUCAACAAAUGUGGUUAGAAGUUAUGAGAAACUUUUGGAUGAAGUAUUAAAUUUAUUUUUUAAAGGUCCCAUUUCCACCUCAGCUUGGUGCUUGUUCACGUGCCAUUAUGGUUUGGACUGUAACAACAGUUUACUUGUGGUUUGAAUCACCUUAAGUGUGAUAAUACUCCACACUGAUGGUGGGGAAGUUCACUGCCUGGAUCUCUGAAAAGAGGCUGAAACUACGAGGAUGAAAUAUCUGUGGCUAACCGUGUUUCUGCCAAUAAAAACGUUCUCAGCUCCAACAUAUCACAUUCCUCACUCAGCCCAGAGGAUUGAAAACAACCAGAGAUUCAUUUAUGGAUCUUAAGUGUGCAGGAAUUCAAAAACCUGAGUUGAUCCAAAGGUUUUAAAGUAUCACCUUUUGGGCAAACAGUUCUAGCCUUCCGUCCCUGCUUGUCCUGCAAAACACAGGAGUACAAAAGAAAAACAUGUCAUUUUUAAUGAGAUGUUUUCUUAAAAUCGUGUCACAGAAUGAGUUUUUCUGAUUGCUGUUUGGAGUUUUAAUACCAGUUCUGCUUUUAUUCCUCCUAGUGCUGCCUAAACCUCAGGUGAGCUACAAGACUACCUCCCCAGGUGUGAUUGAAGCCAACUGCACGGCAGUGUCGCGCCCCCCGGUGGAGAUCGUAUGGAACGUGGAGAGGGAUAACCGCACUGUUGGCCCCCCUGUGACGACACAGCUCCCACAGGCGGACGGAACCACUCUCGUCAUCAGCACGCUGACGGUCCAAUCAGGGCUGCUGAAAGACGUGUCAGUCAAAUGCUUGGUGCACCACAAAGGGCUUGAGUCACCAAUCGCUGUAUCCAUGAACACGAAAAGUGAGUUUAUAGCAGUGUGGAUGUAUCAAUUCAAAUUUUUUCAAUAGCUUUUUGUUUUCAAAUAUCUUCACAUUUCUGGCAGAACGCUUCAAAUUCUCUUGUGUCACCAUGAUUUAAUGUGUUUUUGGAAAACAUGCCUAGAAGUAAGCCAAGUCAUUGCUACCAAGAGGGUUAAAAGCUCCUGUGAAGAUAUUUUCAAGGUGGUCUGCUUACCUAUACAGUGAACACACCUCCAUGAAAAGGAACAGCCAAAGACCAACUAGCAGUGGUCUGAAUGGUCCAGUAUGAAAAUAGAGAAACUCUGAACCACCUGAGUGAUGACUUGUCUGUCUCUAUUGCUUAGUGAAAAUACUUGAUGAAAAUUGAAAUCAGGAGAAUUUUUGGAACUUUUUCCGACUUUUGGCUUCAGACUAUGAGGGAAAAUCCCAAGUGCAUGAGUUUCUCAAACGUAUGACCUUUCCUCAACAGCUUUUGCUUCGUCAAAGUUAAAAAAAGAAAAAAAACGUUAUUAGUUUGAAUGCACCAAAAUGAGUAGAUAACAUAUGAACAGUGUAUACGUCUGUCAUGACUGUGGUUUAAAGACAAACUUUAGAUGACCCCAGUUUCAUGGUUCUGGAGAAGCGCGUUGACAGAAUUAAGUCAGUAACACGGUAAACCUAAUUUCAAAUCUUGUUACAAUUAUUACCCAUGUCAGCACAGGUCUAGUCAUAUUACCAAAACUCUAACCACAUUUCCCUUCUCUACAAAAUUUAAUUGCGAAACCACAUCCACAGGACCAGGAUUUACACAGCUGAGUUUAUUUUUGAAAAGUGUGUCUUCUUUUCUCCUAGUUGGGACGGCUCUCACCAUCCUGAUCUCAGUCACCACAGUGGCAGCACUGCUGGUCAUGUCUCUGUGUUUCUGCCUGUGGAAGUGUUUCCUGCGCAAAGAAGGUGAGCUUGUUUGUGUCUGUUUGCUCUGAGCCCAGCAGAGAUCUUCAUUAGUUUUAAACGUGUCAGGGAUCCCGCUCAUGGUGCCAAAUAAUGAUAGAUUUAACUCUCGUAGUGUGUGGUGUGCAACCAGAUGAUCAAAACAGCACAUCAUACACGGACAGACUGCGUUCACCAACAACCAACAAUCUUGACCCUCAAAACUGAAAAACUUGGUCAAAUGGGACUUUGGAGUGAGCAAACAUGGUGGACAACUGUGUGGUUUUCAAGCCAAACUUAACUCGAUGCUCAGUUUGUUGGUACAUUCGCUACAGUCAUCAUAUCGUUUCAACUCUUCUCCUUGUCACUUUGACUCUUAUUUAGGACACGUUGACUUAACAUUAGUUGGUCCCUCAUUUCUAAUGUCAAACUUAUACUUCAUGCUUACUAUUGUAGCCACACCUGUUUUUGUUGUGUCAGCCAUUUUCCCAACUAGCAAUCAUUUAAUUUUACACGAUAAUCUAGAGACAGCGCAUGCUAAGCUCUGUUUGAGCUAAAAUUGAACUUGUUUAAUAUUUACUAUUUCAAAUACGGACAGCCCUAUCAACUUCUGAGCAGAUCUGGGGAAGUGAAUCACUCAUAUCACACCUCACAAAAUAAAUUACAAAAUAAUCUUGGGAACCAUUAAAAGUUUGACUUCUGUCAGAAGGGAGAGUAAGUCUAAUAAUAGGCCUGACUAUUUUGUGAUGUUCCCUUCUUUACUAGUGUCGUCAUGUUUGUCAGGAGCAAGGUUGAUGUAAAAAGGUGAAAUGAUGUAUCCUUGCAUCCUUCUCCCCACUCUGGACUAAGUUGCACUAAUACAGCUGUGCAUCCUCACUGUCUCAUGAUUCAAUUCAUGAAUCAUUUAAAAAUUACCAGAGAAAUUAUGUUGACAUAACUUUCUUAACAAUAUAAACUACGCUAAGUAAAACUCAUGGGUCUGAAUAGUGAUACAGACACAUGAAGGUUAGUGUAGAAGAUACAAAGAGCUUACCAGCCCUCUAAUAUUUACAGAUUUGAUUUAUAAUGCCAUGAACUUAUCAUAUCAUCUAUACAUCAAGCAAUAGAGAGUGCUUCACAUAAUUUGUCUUAUUCAAAGAUUAAACUAUACGUAGCUUUACCUUCCUGAUAGCGUCCAUCUUCAGCUCCUCUGCUGUCUGCUGACACACACCAGAAUAAUGGAUUGAACACAGAUGCACACAGACAAAGUUAGCUAUAAUCGAUUAUCUUUUAUCACUGCAUCAUUGCAAAACAGCCUAUUUUAAACUUCUGAGUCAGUCUUUGUUGAUACUGGUACCUCUUAUGGACUGAGACUUCAGCCAAGUCUUAACUAAACUUUGUCUUAGCAACGUUUGUCCGUGUGAAAGCCCAGACUGUGGGCUUUGUAAGGAUGUAUCGAUAAUCAGCUCCAGCUGCUUCGGUAGAUCUGCAGCCCCCCGUUUGCGACUGACGUUCUCCCACACAUUCAGACAAGGAAACUGCUGGAGCUGCAGGAAUAAGAACAAUCUGACUUCUCAGCUGUCAACCUCAUAACAAUAAGAGCGAUUGUGGAGAUGAAAUAUCAUGAAUGCAUAAGCUGGAGUGUGGCAGCUACACCUGUAGGAUGACAUCAGUCUAUCAAACCUCUGACUUCAGGGGUCAUUCAGAAAUAUUUAUUCAAAGAAAGUGGGAAGAAGAAUCUGGAUCUCAAAAAGUCUUUUCUACCAGUUACUGAAUCUCUACUAUUGUCUUCGACCCACACCCUUUUCACCUAUAUUCACAGAUCAGAAGGUAUAAGAUGAGAGUGAAAUUUAUAAAUCACACCUUAACCAAGUUUUUGUCAAAUUUCUAAAAACAGCAGAAGUCUUGAUGUCAAAUUCGAGUGAGAUUCUGUUCUGAAACCUUAUUAAACUACACUUUUGGACUAAUAGACGGAAGAUGUUACGCUUGCACUCUCCUCCAAAGAGAACUUCAGAUCUUCAUUUCAUUUUUCUGAUACCUGCACUCAAUCUGCACUUUCCUUCAGGUUCACUUAAUAGUUGCUGUCUGUAAAUAGAGGAAAUCAUGCAUGGAUAUAAAAGCAGCAACAGCAGUUUAAUAUAUUGAGUGAAGACGUAUCUGCUCUCCAGUAGAAGCAGAAUUGAUGCUGGAGCCUUUUUAGAGCAGAGAAACGUUUAUGUAAAGUGAUGAGGUCUGGUGCACACAGGUAUUAGCUGGAGCUUUUAAUAAUGAAGCAAUAUAAGUGAUUUUCUACCCCACUGUACACCAGUGUGGGCCACAGGCGUGCUGAUAUUUGGUUGUACCUCAAGUACAAGUGCUUAUAAUUCAGGCGGCCCCACCAAUACAGCUAGUUUUGGUCCCUGACUAGAGGUAGACAGUUGCUGAGCUACUGAAACACUUUCCUGCACUUUAACUACUUUGUAGGUCGACACAUCAGCGGAAAAUCUGUUGAAAUUUUACACUGACCUUCGUGUUUCCAAAACAGGAAAACACGAGUCUGCAGGGAGUAGCUUGGGUGCCCUGUUUGAUUCAGUUAAGAGUGACAAACAUGAUCUGAUAUUAUAUAAAUUUACAAAAAUCAGCUUAAUUUAGCCAUGUGAUUCAUAUGCAGAAAUUAUAAGGUGCCUCUUGUCUCAUCAAAAUACUUUGUUUGAGAUACAGAUUUAACAUUUGGAGAAACAACAUGAAAUUAAAUUUGAAAAUAAAAUUGAACUCAGCAUUUACAGUGGAGCGCUUCACUCCCUCUGAUUUUUUAAUGUGUUUUGGACGAUUUCUCUGACUUUUUUCCUUUUACAAUCCCUACUCUCUUCUUCCUGGGAUUCCGGCUUUUUUAUGUUUAGUUGUUUCUCUUAAUUUUAGGAUAAGGAUAAACUUUUUAAGAUACCACUCUUUUAUUGCUACUUUUCUUCAUUACUUUUCAGCUGAUUAAUUUUUCAGAUGAGACCAGACCCGGAGGAGAGGCGGGGCUUCUCAGAGUCAACAGGACAGAACUGUUGCCUGCGUCGUCGUCAUCCUCCUCAUCAUCAUUGGGUCCAAAGGGAAGAUCUUCUGACACACCUCUUUAGGAUGUCACAUACAAUCUUAUUUAUGAGCUCAGACUCAUUUAAUGACAUUCAUCUCUGCUCCUCUGAAUCUGCCUUUUACAUAAUCUCAUGGCAGUCCUCACAUCAAAUAAACAAAGAGACAUUGAGUGGAUAUGAUUUUUCUCUUUUGUAACUGAUCGGCUCAUUGGUCUUACAUUCCACCACUUUGCAGCAGAUUCACUGUAUGGAAAAUUGAAUUACAGUAAUUUUGCUGUGGUAUUGUUGCACAUGUUAAGAAUACUGUCCUCUCUCUGUCUGUCUGUCAUCAGGUUUUAUGUUAUCUUUCUUAUGAAGAGAUAAAUAUGGAUGCUUUACCUCUUUUUUUACACCAGUGAUACAUUUUCUGAAAACUUUGAAGACCAUAUAAGGGCCUGUGUCCAUUUACAGCAUUUAUUGUGCUGGUACCCUUUAUUGUCUGUACAAAACUUAUGUUGUAACUUUGUCAACAAUUAUGUCAGAGGUCUGCGUGAAGGAUGACCUAACCACACUUAUUUUUCAAAGGUAAAAUAUCCAUGGCUAGAGCUACUGCUAAUGACACUAUUUAAAUCAAUUGUCUGUAGGUUACCUUGGUAAAAUGCCAUACUGGAAAGCGAAUAUGAACUUUACAGAGAAUCUCAAUACAGACUCAAUGACCACUACUAAGAAAAGCAGAAGUUGCGCAAGACAACUUUCAUAACGUAGCAACAGUAAGUGCCAUCGAUGAGCAUCCUUUAAUGUUGGUCUUUGGUGCCAACAGCCCAAAAGUGGCGUUAAUAGACAUAGGCCCUUACCAAGCCACGUGCAGCAUAGGCAUGAUUUUGGCUCAUGUAGUCAAUCAAAGUCUGUCUUAUAUAUGCUGUCCUGCCCCAUUAAUACACCAUAAAUGUAUGUUUAUCUUUGAAUGAGUAUAUUUCACAUCAGACGCACUACAUAACAUUGUUGAACUGGAGGACUUGUAUCAUUUAAAUAUCUAAAAUUGUGCACUGUUUCCAAAGAUCGAAGUCCUUAUCAGCUCCCUAUCCAAAACAGUAACAUAGUAUUCUUUGUUGUUUUGUUUGUAUUUUUCAGUUUAGUUUUGACAGGAGGAAACUACAGAACAUUGCUAACUUUAUCCCAUGAAAUAACAUGGCUAAUUGGCCAUUUAAGCUUGGCAUUAAUAUGUGUCCUUUGAUUUUCCUCAGCUAAAGGCCUCUAUUACUUCUGAGUAUUCUUAAUGCUGGGUGAGCUCAGUCAUGGUCCUUAUUUGUUCGGCUGGGAGGGCUGCAUACUUAUGUCUUAUUUGUGUUAUAUCAACUGCAGAUUUUCUGCAUGCUUUGAGAUCUGUUUGUGUAUGUUAUAAGACAGAGAGAGAAUGUGUGUGUGGAAUAUAUUUUCAAGGUUAAAUUUCACGGCGAUAGCUUGAAGUAAUUCCCCCAGGGAGCCGUGCAGAAACCUUUUUUGUGCCUCUGAAAGGAAUGCGUGUCUUGUUGGCCGUGUGCAUGGCAGAGUUCAGAGAGGUCCAGUGUGUGUAGAAGAUGGGGAUACGUGGGUUGAGAUUUGGGAAGCUUAUGAUUUAAAGCCAGUGGAGACCCACUGUGUCACUUCAGGUGUUUUGUCUUGUUUAUUUUCAUUUGCCUACUCUUUUGUACCUUCCUCUGGAUCAAAGUACUUAAACCCCUAAAAGGUAAUCUUAUGAUGCUUUUUUUGGAUAUAUAUCAUGUUAGUAUGUGCACAGAAGCUUUAAAAAGUUUUACACUGAUAUAAUCUUGUACGUUAAAGCGUAACAUUUUGAACCUGUCAGUUAUCAUCACAAUGGGAAUUGAGCGCUCCAUCAUGAACAUUGCAUUCCUCGCCAGUUAAAAGACUCAAGACAGCAUUCCUCUGUCUGCAUAGUUUCACUGUAUAUAAAUACAACACACAUGAGCUCACAGUAUGCUUUAAAUGAGGGGAAAUGAAGCACAGUUUUCAUCCCUGUAUAGAACAACUCCAGUUACGUAUUUGAAAUCAUUCAUCCCAACCAGCGAUGUAAAGUAAAUUAAAUGAACGUGACAAACAGAACAAUAAAACAAAUAAAAUAUGAGAUAUGUCUGAGUCUUUUUAAAGUGCACCUUUUUAUCUUUCAAAAUAAUAUGAAAAAUAUGUUACUCCUCUCUGAUGUACCAAACCUGGCCUCCAGAUGCUAAUUUUUUGUGGCUAUUUUCAUCCAAAGCCAGGCAGUAUUGAUCACACAUGUUGUGCACCACAGAUGCAGAACCCGCAGCAGCUCUAGUCUGGUGUAUUUAUAACACUAUGAGUUUUCUUGCAUUAAUGCACACGUAUUUAUGUCACAUAUAAUAACAUCAUAAAAUUACACGUCUUAUCAAGAUCAAAAUGAACAUCACAGUUUGUUUGACUCAUGUGUACACAUGUAUUUAGUCCCG